GCAACAUGUCGGUUCAUUGAAUGUCACGAUUAUUUUUCUUUUACCAUUUAAAUUCAAAAUUCCAGUAGAAUAUGGCUAAUGCCGCCCUAAAAUUAUUCGACAAGACAAUCCAGAUAUACAAGUUGAAAAAACAGUACCAAAGUAUACUCCAAAGAUUUGUAAGAUGCAUGUCCAAGAAUGCGCAGGAAAAUAAAUGCAAGGAACCAAAGGAAACGUACAAAGAAUGCACCAUACAAGACUGCAUGGUGGAUCCCUGCAAACCGGAACCUAGUGUUGUUAUAAUCGGAGCAGGAAUCGCAGGUCUAUCAGCCGCCGAACGACUUGCCGUCUGCGGCCUCACCAAUUUCACAAUCCUCGAAGCAACAGAACGACCGGGCGGCAGGAUCCAUUCCUGCUGGCUGAGCGACGUGGUAGCGGAACUCGGCUGCGGACAACUAGAUGGCCCAUGCGCCGUCAAUCCCGUAUUCAAUUUGGCCACUCAGGAGGGUCUCAUCAAAUACCCCAUUUACAAGAUCAACGAGGGCGGCGGGCUUUUUUGCACCAGCGACGGACGCGCCAUCGACAACUCCGUCGUUAACAUGACCAGCUACGUUUUCAGAGACAUUCUCAGGGAGGCCAACAAUCUGUUCAGCAUGGGACAUGGCAAAGAGCACGGCUCCCUGCAAAACUUUUUAAGUUCCAGAGUGCAGCAGGAGAUUCAGAAGUUUCCCGAGGACUUGCGUUACGACGCCUCGCGAAUAUUUUACGGGCUGAUCAACUCCAUUCGUUCGGAGACCGGAGACGAUUUGACUCAAGUCAGCGCCAAUAACUUCGGCAGCACCAUCAAUAUUCCGGGCGGAUCGACGACCAUUCCCAUCGGUUUUAUUAGCGUUCUGUCACCUUUGAUUAGAAAUUUGCCGGAGUGCAGCAUGAAAUUUAACAAGCCCGUCGGUCUGAUUCGCUGGGGGACUGUGCAGGAAAGAGCUAAAGGACCCAGAGCCGUUGUGCAGUGCUGCGACGGAGAGGAAAUUUGCGCUGAUUAUGUCAUACUUACUAUGUCGUUGGGAGUGUUGAAGGAGCACGGCGAUAAACUGUUUUGUCCAGCUUUGCCUUCAGUUAAGAUGAACGCCAUCAAGAGCUUAGGCUACGCAUACGUAGAUAAAAUAUUUUUGGACUAUGAUCGCCCAUUUUGGGUUUGGAGUGAAGGAACAAUAAACCUGGCUUGGUCAGCGGAUGAACUACAAAAACGUACAGAUUGGACGAGAGGAAUCAGCAAGAUUUCAGAGGUACCAUCCAGCAAACACGUCUUAGAAGUAAAAGUGUCAGGUCCUGAGGCAGCUGUGAUGGAACACGUCUCAGAUGAAGAUGUUGCUAAAGACAUAACUCGUCUUUUGCGUCAAUUUACUGGAGACUCCACCUUGCCUUACCCAUCAACAGUGCUAAGAUCUAAGUGGGUGGCAGACCCGUACUUCUGCGGGGCCAAAAGUUACAUCAAAACUAACUCACAUAUUGGGCACCAAUGCGAUUUGAGUGCCCCAGUUCCUGGGCCUUGCGACCCAAUUCCUCCUAUUUUGUUGUUUGCUGGAGAAGCAGCUAUUGCAGGUUACCACGGUACGGUACACGGAGCAAGAUUGAGCGGCAUUAGGGAGGCAGAAAGGGUGCUACAGCUGACCAAGAAGUUUGGAGGACCACCACCGAAGCACUAACCAAAACUUUUGAUAACUUAUACGUUCUUGUAAUGCCAUAAAUAUACGAUUAGUGAGUCCACCGUA